AUGGAGAUAGUAGAUUUAAUAACCUCAUAUUUACCUUAUGCACUAUAUUUGAUAGGUUUUUUAGUAGUAUUUUCAAUUACAAAGAGAGGAUUUAAUCUGAUUCAAUCUUUUUGGGUUCAAUCUAACCCUAAUUAAUGGCUACUAGUUAUCUAAAACGGAAAGCUUGUUAAGGCUGGAGUAGGUCUAAAAUGUUUUGUAUUGCCAAACUAAACUUAUGUAACAUUCCCAAGUAAAAUUGAAAAGGUUUCAUUUAAUGCCAACAAUGUCACUAAGGAAAUGCAAGGUUUAGAAGUUUCUGGUUUUGCUAUUUGGUCUGUCAACAGAGAAUCUGAUGGUCCUUUUAAGUGCUACAAAUAUACCCAAGGAAGCAAUGCUAAUGAAAACGUUAAAAUCAUGUGUGAAAGUAUUGUUAGACACUAGAUUGCAAACCAUGCUCUUCAAGAGGUACUAACAAACCGUAAUAUGCUCAGAGACAGCAUGAAAGUAGACCUCUAGAAGCAACUUUCUGGAUGGGGUAUUUGGCUAGAAACUGUUGAAAUUACUGAUGUGAAGAUUUGCUCUAAGAGCUUGUUCGAAGAUUUGUAAGCAGAAUUCCGUUAAGAAGCUCGUUUGAAAGCUGAGGCUAUUAGAGUCGAGACAAAUAACAAAGUAGAAAAGAACAGGCUAGAGUCAGAUCUCUUACUUGCUAAAAGCAGAGCUGAUACAGAAACUGAAAGAAGCAAAUAUCAAGGAGAAGAAUCUAUUAAACGUUAAACUUAGCAAGCAAUCAUUUAGCAAAAAGAAUAAUCAUUAGAACUAUAAAGAAUCAAACAAGAAUAGGAAUUGUAGAUAGCAAGAAUUCAAAAAGAUUCAGCAGUAUAGCUAGAAAAGAAGAAGAAAGAGCAAGAGUAAGAAAGAUUAGAGAAAGAAUUUGCUUUAGAAAUGUUUAAGAAAACAGUAGAAGCAGAAAAGAACUUAGACGGUGCUGCCUUGCAAAAAUAUAUUGUAGAUUCUACAGAGAGAAUUUACCAAAGACUCCCUCUUAAAGAAAUCAGUGUCAAUUCUUAUAUAGGACCUGAAGGAGUUAGCAAUAUUUCUGCAUUGCUACCAGCCAUUAGUAUGGUGAAUAACUUACAAAAGAAAUGA